AUGAAAUUUCUGAGUUAUAUUUUUGUUUAUCGUCGACUUCUCCUCGUGGUUUUCACUGUGGUGGUGUUACUUCCUCUGCCUAUCGUUCUCCACAGCAAGGAAGCAGAAUGUGCCUACACACUCUUCGUCAUUGCCAUAUUUUGGCUCACAGAAGCUUUGCCCCUGUCAGUAACAGCUUUGCUGCCUGGUUUAAUGUUUCCCAUGUUUGGGAUCAUGCCUUCUAAGGAGGUGGCAUCUUCUUAUUUCAAAGAUUUUCACCUACUGCUAAUUGGAGUCAUCUGUUUAGCAACAUCAAUAGAAAAAUGGAAUUUGCACAAAAGGAUUGCUCUGAGAAUGGUGAUGAUGGUGGGUGUGAAUCCUGCAUGGCUGACCUUGGGGUUCAUGAGCAGUACUGCCUUCUUGUCUAUGUGGCUUAGCAACACCUCUACUGCUGCCAUGGUGAUGCCCAUCGUGGAGGCUGUGGUGCAGCAGAUCAUCAGUGCUGAAGCAGAGGUCGAGGCCACUCAGAUGACUUAUUUCACUGGAUCUACCAACCACACACUGGAAAUUGAUGACAGUGUUAAUGAACAUGAAGCAAAUGAGAGGAAAGAGAAAACAAAACAAGUUCCAGGAUACAGUAACGGUACAGGGAAAAAUUCAAGCAAGACGGAGUUGGAAAAGAACUCAGGCACAGGAAACAAAUAUCGAACAAAGAAAAACCACAUGAUGUGUAAACUAAUGUGUUUAUGCAUUGCUUACUCUUCUACCAUUGGUGGACUGACAACCAUCACGGGUACCUCCACCAACCUGAUCUUCUCUGAGCAUUUCAAUACACGCUAUCCUGGCUGCCAGUGCCUCAACUUUGGAUCAUGGUUUAUAUUUUCCUUCCCAGCUGCUAUUAUUAUUCUACUCUUGUCCUGGAUCUGGCUUCAGUGGCUUUUCCUAGGAUUCAAUUUCAAGAUGUUCAAAUGUGACAAAACCAAACCAAUCCAACAAAAAGCUUGUGCUGAGGUGAUUAAGAAUGAAUACCAAAAACUCGGGCCAAUGAGGUAUCAAGAAAUUGUGACCUUGGUCCUCUUCAUCGUAAUGGCUCUGCUGUGGUUUACCCGAGAUCCUGGGUUUGUUUCUGGCUGGUCUGCACUUGCUCCAAAGUACUCUGGUUUUAUUACAGAUUCAACUGUUGCCUUACUUGUAGGACUCCUAUUUUUUAUUAUCCCAGCUAAGAGAUUGACUAAAACUACAUCUACAGGAGAAAUUGUAGCAAAUCCACCCAAUGCUAUUGUCUUCUCAUAUGGUCAUCUGAAAGUCCUUGACAUGGUGUCAGGACUAUCUAAAUGGAUAGGAAAUAAAUUAUCUCCUCUGGGUUCAUUACCAUUAUGGCUAAUAAUUCUGAUUACUUCUUUGAUGGUCACAACUUUAACAGAGGUAGCCAGCAAUCCAGCUACCAUUACCCUCCUUCUCCCAAUAUUAUCUUCAUUGAUCUACCUGUAUUCCCUGGCUCAUGCAACUCAUGUCAUCCCUGAGACCAGUAUCUCUUUAUCACCACCCACAAGUCCUAUUGAUCCACCACUUCAAGGGCUUGGAGAACUUCGGAUGCUUUCUGCACCUCCUUGA